ACGAAAAAGAAAACUCUCUUUCUCAUCUCUCUUUUCAUUUUUGCCCCUGUUCUGCUCUUCUCACUUUCGGAACCCCAUUACUGGCGGUGGCUGCAGCAGCCAAGUUAUCUGGCCAGGACUUAGCUUAAGAACGGCAACCACAUAACUGGCGGUGGCUCCAGCAGUCCAAGCUAUAUUGCAGCAGCUACUCCGGCCAAGGUCUCACGAAGAUAGCUCAGCUCGGAUCGUUUACACCACUGUUGAGGCAGACUGUUCUCUAUUUCUCAUCGGCUAUCUCUGUUUAUUCCUUCCGCGUUUGCCGACAACAAAAUGACUUGCUAACUUGGUAAGAACUUGAAAAAUAAACCCCCCCAACAAACCAAAACCCAUGUUUCUAUACAACUCAAACUCAAAAACCCACGUCAAAAAAUUAAUCUUUACCUCCAAAUUUUCAAUUUUUUCCCUUUUUAAUCACCAAAAACCAUCUUUUAGACACACCCAAAUUCACAACUAUGUGAAUGUGUACAUGAAAUGGAAGAAAGAUCCAUUCUUUGACUCAAUAGUGCACAUCCAUAAAUCCCUAGAGCUUAAACCAGUUAUUCAACUCAAAAACUUCAUUGCUAAUGACCCCAAUGGUUGUAUCCCAAUUUCUGCUGUAUCAAAAAGAGGCUUGGAAUUUGAUAUUUCCAUUAAGGUUGCUAGGUUCCUAAGGCAAUACCCUUCAGUUUUUGAGGAGUUUAGAGGUCCUGAAUACAAUUUGCCUUGGUUUAGGUUGACCCCAGAAGCUGCUGAGAUUGAUAGAGAGGAGAAAACGGUAUCUGAGGAAUACAAGAAGGAUUUGAAAGAUAGGUUGAAAAGGUUUAUUUUGAUGAGCAAAGACAAAGUUUUGCCUUUGAAGAUUAUUAAAGGAAUGGAAUGGUAUUUGGGGUUACCUGAAAGGUUUUUGGAGGAUUCGAAAGGGAAUCUUGAUGAGUCUUUUAGGUUUGUGGGCAUGGAUGAUGGGUUAAAAGGAUUGACUGUUGAGAGUAAGGGAGAAAAAGUAUUGUCUACAAUGCAAAGAAAUGCAAUGGAAAAUGGGGUUUAUUUUGGUGGGACAUUGGAAGGAAUUGAGUUUCCAAUUUUCCCAUCAAAGGGUUUAAGGUUAAGGAGGAAGAUUGAAAGUUGGUUAAAUGAGUUUCAAAAACUUCCUUAUGUUUCACCUUAUGAGGAUUUUUCACAUUUGGAUCCUAAUAGCGAUGUAGCUGAGAAGAGAGUUGUGGGGAUUCUUCAUGAGUUGUUGAGCUUGUUUGUUGAACACUCAGCACAAAGGAGGAAGCUUUUGUGUCUUAAGAAAUAUUUUAGAUUACCACAGAAAGUCCAUAGAGCAUUUGAAAGGCAUCCUCAUAUGUUUUACUUAUCUUUUAAGAACAAGACUUGUACUGCAAUUCUUAAGGAGCCAUAUUGUGGUAAGUCUAGUAUAGAGAGGCAUCCAUUGUUGGGAGUGAGGAAGAAAUACAUACGGUUGUUAAAAGAAUCCGAUAGGCUUUUGAAGAAUAGAAGGAGUAAUAAUAGGUUUGUUAAGCGAGAAAUGUUGGAGAAGGAUUGGAAUUCAGAUUUGGAUUUGGAUUCAGAUUCAGAUGACAGAACAGAGAUUCCUUUGUGAGUUACGUUUCCAUAAUUUUAAGUUAGGCCUAUACAAUUGCAGGCUAACAGGAGGAGCCUAGGCAAGAGCUUCUCCUGAAGAGUGAUUAGAGCUUAAUGCUUAUUUACUAGCCUUUUAAUGGCAUGGGAUCUGUCUUAGACUCUCGAAUUAACAAUAGCACUUAAAAGUGGCAAGCAUUGGACCUGUUGCUGCAUUUGAGCAGUGUCUUCAUCAUGGAGGUACUUCUCUAAAUUUAUGCAUAGUGUUAAAUAUUUUAGUCAGCUCCAGAACAUUUAAUUCCAAAGGAAAUAUGCAAUGCAGCUUAUAAGUUUGUUCAAUAUGGAGUAGCUGAUUACUGUAAUUAUUGAGAGAUUGUAGCUGUUAUGACAUUCUGGUUAAACAAUGGAGACGAUAACAUUUUUCCUUGGUUUUCUCUUUAUUUCCCCCUUUUCCCAUGGAUCCCAAGUGUGAGAUUUUAGUUUUCUUGUUUAAGAACGAAUUGUUAACAAAUUUGUAUAUAGAAAAGGAUCCAUUAGUCUUCUGUUGUGAUAUUUACUAUGUCUUUAAUCGCUGCUGGAGUUCAUGACUCAGUUUCUUUACUAAUGUAAAUAACUGUACUCCAAAACUGUCAAUUAAUUGUGUUUCAUGUGAACAUCUGUUUAAUUGGUGU